AUGGACUUAAGUUCACUUAUACGUGAAGAAAAACAAUUACGUUUAACACAAGAAAUAUUAUUUAAAGAAAUUGAAUUAGAACAAGAACUUGAACAAGAACAUUUAAAAAAUGCACAUGAACGUUACCUUAAACAUUUUAUACAACAAACAAUUGAAGAAAUCGCAUCACAAGAUCUUGAACGUUUUUAUAAAAUUUUAGAUCAAACAAUGAUGACAUAUCAUACACAAAAAAUGAAACAAUUAAAUAAAAUUAUACGUGAUCUUUGCAGAACAACAUAUCGUGGUACAGAUAUUGAGCGAUUGAAAUACGUUCAGAUGCUGAUGAUGAAAAUGCAACAAAAACACGUCGAACAUAAAAUUAUCGUGUUGUUAUGA